AUCAAAUUCCCUCUCAUUUCUCGAGUUUCACAUUGUACUUUAGCGACGUUCAUCUGCAGAUUGAGCUAUCAACUGUGUCUAGGAAGAUGAUGAGUCCAUGAUAUUAGGCUCGUCCCGGAUAUCAGGAUGAUUUCAGUUUCAACGGCACAAUUUGGCAAUUCCAUUGCCGUAAUCUCUUGGGCCUUUCCAGCACCUCGUCUCUCCGUUCGUUUCAUAACGCGAGCCUUUCUCAGGCAGUUGCAUUCGAACUCGAACGACGUUGCUCGGAAAUCAGCUGUUCUGCACGACAGUCUCCGGGUACUGGAAUGGGACAAGGUCUGCGAUUCAGUCGCAUCUUUCGCCGGCACACCCCUGGGUCGUGAAGCAACGAAGACACAACUAUGGUCACUGAAUCAAAGUUACGAAGAUAGCAGGGCACUUUUGGCCGAAACCAAUGCUGCUGUUGAAAUGCUCAAGUACGGUGGUUUUGUCAUGGACUUAAGUGGCAUCGAUGUAGUUACGGUGAAAUCUGCUAUCCAACAUGUUUCGAGGGGUUUUCCAGUCUAUGGGAAUGAAGCAACUGCCAUUGCUGAUCUUCUCCAAUUUGCCAAAAUGGUUCAGUUUAAUCUUAAUUGUGCACUCAAGGAAGAUGCAGAUUGGUACAACCGCUUCAUGCCUCUCUCAGAAGUGAUAAUUGGAUGGGUCAUAAAUCAACAGCUGGUGAAGUCAAUACAGCAAGUCAUAGAUGAAAAUGGCUCCGUCAAAGAUUCUGCGAGCUCAAGCCUUAAGCGUGCACGUGAUCGGAUGCGGAUGCUUGAGGGGAAGCUAUAUCAGUUAAUGGACAGCAUAAUUUGGAAUGAAUCAGUUGAUACAUCUUCUGUGGAAGUGAGUAAUAUUGAUGGAAGAUGGGGUAUCAAAGCGGGGGCUGAUGAGCUUACAAAUCUUAAGGGGCUACUGUUGACCAGUGCUUCAGGUGUAGGGAGCUUGGUCGAGCCACUGUCUGCUGUUCCAUUAAAUGAUGAGUUGCAACAAGCAAGGGCAUUAGCAGAGAAGGCUGAGGAGGAAGUACUUUUGAGGUUAACUGAGAAGAUGAAAAUGGACCUUGAUGAUAUUCAUAAUUUGUUGAAUAGUAUAAUUCAAUUGGAUGUGGUCAAUGCUCGAGCAAAGUAUGGUCUUUCACUUGGAGGAAAUUGCCCCGACUUAUUUUUAACCAAGGAGGAGAAUGGGUCUUUGACUUCUGAAGCUAGUACCUUGGAAAAUGAGCUGUUCAAGGCCAGUUUAUCAUUUCCCUGUCCGAGUGAGUGGACUGUAUAUUUGCUGAAAGCUUUUCACCCUCUGUUACUUCAGGAAUAUCAACAAAAGUUGCAGAAGGCUAGAAGAGAUGUCACUGAUGCUAUUGCUGUUAGUAAAACUGAAGCAGCACAUCCUGUUCCAGUUGAUUUUUUUAUUGCUAAUAACACUAGAGUUCUGGUUAUUACUGGCCCCAACACAGGAGGCAAAACUAUUUGCUUAAAGACAUUUGGAUUAGCUGCUAUGAUGGCAAAAUCAGGCCUUUAUGUUUUAGCUUCUGAACCUGUUCGCAUCCCAUGGUUUGAUUCCAUUUUUGCUGAUAUUGGUGAUGAACAGUCCUUGUCGCAAUGCUUAUCUACCUUCUCUGGCCACUUAAAGCAGAUUAGUGCAAUUCAAAUACAGUCAACAAAUAAGUCAUUGGUAUUAUUAGAUGAAGUUGGUGCUGGGACUAACCCACUGGAAGGAGCUGCACUAGGAAUUUCACUUCUGGAAUCUUUUGCAGAUUCUGGUGCUUUGUUGACAGUAGCCACAACCCAUCAUGGUGAACUCAAAACUCUCAAAUACAGUAAUGAUGCCUUUGAGAAUGCGAGCGUGGAAUUUGAUGAAGUCAAUCUAAAGCCAACUUAUAAGAUACUCUGGGGAGUACCAGUUAUGCAAAAGCUGAUUUCGACUCCGUUUGUCAGCUCUGGCAAUCAACUUGGUGAUAUGUUCACGAAAGCGCUAUUCUGGCUUGCGUUUCUUAGUGGUUGUUCAAAGCUGGGGCUUUCAAAUGCAAUCAGCAUUGCUGAGAGAUUAGGAUUACCAAGAAUAGUUCUAGAUAGUGCUCGUGAACUGUAUGGAACAGCUAGUGAAGAGAUCAAUAGGGUCGUUAUUGAUAUGGAGGAGCAUAAGAAAGAUUUUGAAGAGCAUAUUCAUGAAGCUCAACAUUAUCUAAUUCUUUCAAAAAAACUUAAUGAGGAUCUACUGGCGGCUGAAAGGAAGAUCAUGGAACAUGGCAUUUCUCAGAGACACAGAAAGAUGCAAGAGAUUUCAGAUGCUGCAACAAUCGCAUGUUCUAUCCUUCGUAAGCAAUUGCAACAGCAUCGCAUAUCUGCAGUUCAGCCUUUCAAGAAGGCUACAGUAAUUUACAGUCAACAAACACCAGUGGCCAAAUCCCAUCACGCAAAAGUUGAUGAUGGUCAGCAUCCUAGAGCUGAUGCUGGUGCAGACUCUGUUGAUAACAAGAAGCAGUCUCUAUCAGACAAGAAGAUUGAACUUCCAAAGAUUGGUGCAGUGGUGCAUAUUCCUUCUCUAUGCAAGAAUGCAACGGUGUUAAAGGUGGAUCCAUUUAAAGAAGAGAUUGUAGUUCAAGCCCAUAAUAUGAGAUUGAAAUUGAGAUUGAGCGAUGUUGAAAGUUGACAGGUGAUGUAUUCAUUUACGCAAACAUUUUCAGCAGCUCUUAGUUUAUUCAGUUGUAGCUUGCAGUGGGGGAUCCCAGAAGCAGUAUCUGCCAUGUCUUUUCUCUCCCUUGAUUGGAUCUAAUGUGACUGUACUAUAGGAGGAGAUUCCAGAGAAUUAUCUGUUACCAAUGUAGGUGGGGUAACUCUGCUGCUGUAAUUGUAAAUCAGAUCAUCUGUGGAUGAGAAUGAGGAAUCUUGAUUGAUGAUGUUCUAUCACCGCCAGCCAGCUAGCCGUCUCCACAAGGCAGGUUCUGCCUCCCUGUUUCAGGGAUGUUAUGCAGGAAUGAAACUGAGAUCCAAUUGUAGAAAUUUUAACUUUGCGAAUUGUAAUUUCAGCUUCUACAUAAAGAGAGUACAAUGUCAAUAUCUGUACGGACUUUUUAUCCAAGCCAUAGUUCUCCAUCCCCCCAAGUAUCAGAAAAGAGAAAUCUCUAUCAUCUAAACAGCCUUCUCUGUAGCCAAUCACGUUAUUACUUUUUUGCUCUUGUGGUCUCUCUGUAAAUGUGAGAAUUUUGGGAGCAUGGGUGUGGCCGUCGGAUCGGGGUUGGGGUCUUCUGUCGUUGUGCAGGGCAGAUCCAAGGGCUGGGAGCCAUAUUUAAGGAAUAACACCAAUUGUCAAGGGAUAAGACUUCUUUUUAUUAUAGCAACAUCGUCUGGUGCUCCAGUUUCAAGGAAAGAACUACCAAUUGUCAAAGGAUUAAGAUUUAUUUUAUUAUAGCAGCACAGAAGGCGGAUCUUGGCGUAAUUGUAAGGUUACUCCAUUACAAUUUUAUGUUGAGCUGGUAAUUGUAAGAACUUUUUUUAUCAUAGCAACAUCGUCUCAUGCUUUCUUUUU